AUGCUCGGUGCUCUCGGCGUCGAUCGCCGCCCGGCGACUAUCUCCACCAUCUCCGUGCCGGGCAUGAUGUGCGGCGGCUGCGCUUCGGCCGUCACCUCUGCCCUCUCGCUCCCUGGCGUGGUCGAUUGCAGCGUCGACCUCGCCGCAAAGCGGGUGUUCGUAAUGGCGCACGCAGACGGCCCAGCCUCCGAGGAGCUGAUCACCGCCCUGGAGGCGAGCGGAAAGGAGGCGACGCUCAUCUCGCGCACAGAGAUCUCGCCGCUGCGCGUGUGGGCCGGCCAGCACUGGCACCUCCUCGUUGUGGCGACUGCGCUCAGGCUGCUGGAUCUGUUUCGCAAGGUCUCGGUGCCACUCAUGCGCCAGCUGCCCGGGCAGUCCAUUGACGGCUGUGGGAGCGCUCUCCAGACUCCACGCCAGUUCCGUACCGGCUCCACAGCGAGCACCGCCUUAAAAAAGUACUAUGUCUUGGAGUGA